UUCCACUUUCCAUUUCAGCUCUUGUCUGUUAUUAUUAUUUUUUGUGAGGGACGGCUCAUCUUUCCAGCUGUUAUUGAAGAUGAUGAACAGGUUUUAUGUUUUGGGGGGAAAAAAAUCAUUAACAAAUUAAACCGCAUCUGCUGCAUCUGGUUAGUUUCUCUGACAAACAAAGUUUAAUGUGUAUUCUGUUUGUUAGUAGAGGAAGAUGUUCGUGUGUUUCUUUGACUCUGCAUGUUACCUGAACUCUCUCAGUGAGAGAAACUUAAACACAACACACACAAACUCGACUUUUAAGGCUCAAUAUUGAGUCAUAAACAGGAAACUACAUGUGAGAACUUAAAGGAACAAUAUGAUGCAGCCUGAGCUACAGCCUGUCCUCAUGUACACAUGCUGCGGUCUGCAGUGCAUAGUAUAUGAAAACAUCUGGCAAACUUGUAUUUCACAGAGUUCCAUAUUUCUGGAGGAUUAUUUCAAACAGCUGACAAAACUGUUUUUUCAGAAUCAUGAUUCAGCAGGUUUUUGUUGUCCAGAUGGGACAGAUUGAGGCAGAACGUUUGGUUGUGUCGCUGUUAGCACUGUCAGGGUAAGCCAAACCUUUGAAGGACUAUGUGAUGAUUCAUCACUUUAUGAAUCUCUCGUCUGACUCACUGCAUGAAGACUGAAAGUCUGCCAUCGGCUGUUUUUUCAGAGGCAUUUUCCUCCCCUUCCACUCUCUGCAUCUAUGUAUUUUGAAAGGGUGAAGCCAUAGGACGUAUGUACUGGGAACCUUUUACUUUAAUCUGCACCUCUGCAUGUAAACAGUAGUAUUACUUUUUAUUGCUUUUUUUGAAUAAGCGCAAAAAGCAGAAUUUUCUUUGCAUGUAAACGUAUUCAGUGUGACAGCAGAGCGGUGGGAUGAAAAGGGGAGAUUGUUUCCGAAGUGUAUGAUCUUCCUGGAUUAUUGGAUUAAUUGUGGGCGGAAUGUCAUGAAAUAGUUUCUUUAUUUCCUGGAUCGACCAAAGACAGAUGUUGCUGUGUGGUUAUUUUGUGGAUUGACUUUCCCGUAUAAUGCACAACAUCAUUACGUAUGCAGACGAUGCAAUAGUGUGAUUAGAGAGUUUAAUUUGUUUCACUGUUCUUGUAAGGAGAAAAGAAAUAGACUUUUACAAACUCAACCUUAGUUUCAUCACUGUAAUAUGUAAUGUAUGUGGGAAUAUUCCCCAUGAACGGUGGAGCAGUUAGAUUAUAAAGACAGAACAUUUCCGGUGCUCUUGAACACCGGAUGACUGAAAGCUGAUGAUAAAGUGAGUCUCUCAGUUCUAUCGAUCGUCUCAAUUUUAAAAAUGGGAUCUGACUGCUUAAUAUUUCCUCGAAAAAGGUGACUUUUUCUAAAUCUAACUAGCAACAUUAUUCUGCAUGUGCAUGGUGUUUUUGUAAAACUUAAUUGAGAAUUGGGGCUGAUUACUGUGGAUUGUGGUUCAAUGCUGACUUGAUGGAAGUGAACAUUUUCAGUCUUAACUAAUCAAUCCUCUGUCAGUUGAUUGAUUGAUUGGUUGAUUGGUUGGCUGAUUGGUUAAUUGGUUGAUUGAUUGGUUAAUUGGUUGGUUGGUUGGUUGGUUGGUUGGUUGAUUGAUUCCUCUCUGGGCUGCUGAAUCCUUUACUUAACAGCACGACUUGUCUUUUCCCGUUGAUUUCCUCCUGAUUCUGGAGUCCAAUCUCUCAAAGACAGUUCCUAAACUACUCUCCUUGUGUCCUCUCCUCGUGUCUUGGUUUUGUCUCCUGAAUCCUAAAGGUCCUUUUAACCUUCUUCUUGGAAACGUUUGUCUUCGUCCUCUUUGUUGUUGAAUCUUUGAUAAUCAACACAGAAGCACUUUCCAGCCAAUUCGACUGUUUGUCCUCGACGUCUCCCAACUUGCCUCCUGACUUCUAAUGGUCGUAGGUGUUUGCCUCCUUUACCUAUGGUCUUGUCUCCUACCCUUUUUAUGGGUCCUAUCCUCUUGUUGCCUUGUGUCCUGUCCCCUCGUGUCCUUGUCUACUAUCACCUUGUCUUCUGAGUGAUAUUACCCAACCUUAACAGCUCCAGUGGAGGUUGUCCGUUUGUGAAAGUUCAUGAAUUUAUCCUCCCACCAUCACCUCCAGCGCUGGGCUGCAGCUCCACCAACUGUAACGUGGUGCUGACGGAGGCCCAGGGGGAAUUCACCUCGCCCUGCUACCCCCAGAAAUACCCCAAUUCGCAGGCCUGUAAGUGGACCAUGCAGGCCCCCGCCGGCUUCAUCAUCCAGCUCUCCUUCCUUGACUUUGACCUGGAGGAGGCGCCGGGCUGCAUCUACGACCGGGUGGUGGUGAACACGGGAAACACGGACGUUAAGUUCUGCGGCCCGACGGCCAGCGGGCUGACGCUCAACUCCACGGGGAACGUGAUGGAGCUGUCCUUUACCUCCGACUUCAGCGUGCAGAAGAGGGGGUUCAGUGUUAGCUUCCGACACGUUGCCGUGGCCCUGAGGAACCAGAAGGUCAACAUCUCCAGAGGAAAUGGCCAGUUCACCGAGGUCUCCAACUCCGUUACGAUGCCGACGCUCAGUCAGCUGACGCUUUGCUUUGAGGUGGAACGCAGCAGCCAAAAACGGAGAGAGUGGAUCUUCAGUUACUAUGACGGCAGCGGCAACGAGGCGCUGAGUCUGGGCUCCGAUCAGUCCGGCAUGAAGGUGAUCGUGGACGGAGUGGUGUGCCCCGUCGACUCCAUCAUCUCCUCUGCCAACUUCACCUCCUCCAUGAGGCCUUACUGCGUGCUCUGGACGUCGUCCAAUGGCCGAUUGGGAGUCUACUUCAAUGGAAACUAUUGGGCCAAGACCUGCUCCUCUUCUGGUGGCCACUCGGUGCCAGCUGGUGGACAGUUCCGGUUAGGAGGGCAGCACAGCUUCGACGGGAACAUCUACAACCUCCGGCUGUGGGAUUACGCCAUGACGGUGCAGCAGCUGCACGCGCUGAGCUGCGACACGGUGGGGAACGUCAUCGACUGGGACAACAGCCACUGGACCAUCCCGUCCGGCUCGGCCCAGACCGACACCACGCUCAGCUGCAGUGUCUCUCCGCCCAGCAACACACCGCUCACCACCAGCUGUGACUCCCCUGCACUGGGCUGCCCAGCCGCUUCCUCUCCCGCCACCACUGACUCCACUAACACCAUCCAUGCUACUAAUGCCAUCAGCCACGGUAAGCCACCCUCCUCCUCACCCUCUUACGCCUCCUUUAUUUCCUUUAUCACCUCUUCCUCCACUUCUUUCCACCCCCUCGCUGUCCUCUCUGAUGAUCCUCGAGGGUUUAUCUCUUGAUCUAUGUCAAUGGCAGCUACAGCCCUGGUAGUCCUCUUUUCUUCUGCCUCAUCAUGUAAAUACAUUCAGGACUCACCUCAGAUCUCAUUUACAGUUCAUCACCAGAAACAAUUGUCCUCGAUGGGUUUUUUGGGAGUCUUUGCUCAUAAGAAUACGAACCUCCUGAAGUUGUGCCAAGUUUGACAUUUUCAUGAAAAGUUGCUCGGAACUAUUUGACUUUGCGUGCACCUCAUUGGUUUGUUCUUUCUAUUCAUGAUCUAGCUGAGAGGAAGCUGAUGAACUGGUCCAUGUGAACGUGUUUGACUGAGACUAGAUCAAUAUCAUCUACCGCUGCAUUAAGAAAUGACUUCAUCAAAUCUUUUCAUGAGCUUAUUAACCUCCCUGUCAUUCAUUUUUCCAUGUGCAGAGUUGAAAUGGGAAAUGAAUGGCCCCACACAUUUAUGAAAGUCAGCUCUUGUUCUUUGAUUAGCAUAAUAAGGACUUUUUUGUUCUAACAAAGAAAAGUGCCGUUCACUGGAAUUUUAAAUAUCUAACUGAAGUAGAAAUGAAGUAGUAGUACUCUCUACUUUUUAACACAAACAUGCAGGAGGAAAGGUUUGUUGGAAGUAUGAAGAUUCUGCACACGAGCGUUGGGCCGUGCCUGAGUUCAGCAUUAAACCAUUUUGUUUUCCAUGUGUGGUCCAUCUCGCUCUGCUGUAUCCUUUGAUUUGUGAUCUCCAGUUCUCCCUCCCAUCACUCCAUCUCCACCCACCAUCCCUACCGCUAGCAUGCCACUAACCCCAACCAGCAGCACCACCAGCAGCUCAAUCAGCUCCCUCUCCUCUGGUAAGGCUGCAUCUGCUGCGCUGCUUUGUUGUUUGCCACGAGCAUCUCUAGACUCUCCAUGCAGAUAAGAACAAAAAGAGUUAUUACUGAAUGUUUUUAUUUGUUGGAUUCAGGAUAGAAUAGCUCAGAACUAAAGUGUUCUCGAUGGAAGUCCGGACGUAUUUUAAAAUAUUUUUGAGGAUUCUCUUUUUGCUAUAUUAUUCUCGUCUCAGUGUGACUCCACUCAUAGUGACACAAACUAACGUUAAACAAUGAGUGCUUGGUUUCAGAGGAAGACAAAGUCAUUGAUCAUUGGCUGUCAAAUUGUGUGCGACAAAAACAACAAACUUUAACUCCCAAGAUGCUUUUGGGACACCCAGUUUGUGCACCAAAUGUCAAAAAGGCUGAUCUUGAUCAACCUUUUUUUUUCUUCUCUGAAUCAAGAAAGACUUUUGAGAUUGAUCCUGAAAACAAACAGGAUUGGAACGUGUCCCAUUAACGCAGUGUGCUUGUGUGUGUUUGUGUUACUGACAUAACAACUUAUUGUGCUAAUCAGUUACGCCUACCACUACCAUCACCGUCACCAGCAGCGCUGCUAUCCCUGCAUCUCCUGCCACUAACGUUGCUUCAGCCAGCAGUACAUCACAUGGUAAGGUAGCUAACCAGUAGUGUCACAAGCUGACGUCGUACGUCAGGCUUCUGAUUGUGUCCUGCUCAUUGAUAACAAACAAUUAUUUUAUUUAUUUGGUUUUUGCUUACUUAUUUGUAUUCUCCCGAAUAUUUUUCGUAUCUUGAAGUGUAAGUAUGAACAAAGUAUUCAUGGAGAGGUGAAAUACAUCAACUCUUCACAGCUAGUCUGUCCCACUAGGUUGUGACAGAAGGUAACAGAACAGAAGCUACUUGUUUUUUGGAUAAUGUGCCUACAAUGUAGCAGUGUUUUUAAGUAGAUGUCACUGCAAUGUAGCUGUGUUUUUAGGUUGAUGUGCCUACAAUGUAGCUGUGCUUUUAAG